AUGUCUCAUCGCCGAAUAUUGUCGGUAAAUGACAUAAUAUCGCAUCUUGAAGACAACGAUGACGUAUUGUCAGCAGAUAUUUACAUAACACCCCCAGAUAAUUACGACAAAAGUGAUGAAGACAGUGGAGAUGAGGAGUCUUCGAACAUAAAUCACCUGUCCAGGCAGCAGCUCUUAGCACAGGCUGAGUUUAGGGCUACUGUAUCUUCACAGUCUAAUUUAGAUAUUAUAGAAAGCGUAUCAAAUGAAGUUUCUAUAGAUAAUAAUACACACGGCGACUUAUCAGUACAACCACCGGCAAAGAAAAAAAAAUGUCCAGCUACCCGAAAGUGGAGGAAAGUAGAUAUUCCAGUGAAGACAGAGAAAACAUCAGAGCCACCACAUUUCUUAGAACACCUAGAUACUCCUGUUCACUUUUUUGAACUUUUUUUUGACGAAGACGUUUUUGAAUUGAUUCGCUCUGAAACCGAAAAAAAUGCUAUUCAAAAAGGUUACCACAAUUUCAAAGUUACAACUGAGGAAAUAAAACGAUUUAUAGGGAUUCUCUUGCUGUCUGGUUACAACAGUGUUGCUAGAUAUCGUAUGUACUGGGAGCAAAGUGUUGAUUGUAAUUUUCAAGGGGCAAGCACAGGAAAUACCCACCCAGAACUUGGUGUAGGUGCUUCUGUUGUUUUAGACCUCAUAUCCAAAUUGCCGCCCGGUACUUACAGCUUUUAUAUGGACAACUAUUUUACAUCUUUACCCUUGUUGGAUGAAAUAAAAACAUUAGGACACGAUGCGACGGGAACGGUUAGGGCAAAUAGGGUAGAAAAGGCACCCUUGAAAGAAGCGAAAGAUAUGAAGAAAAUGAGCAGAGGGUCUUUUGACCAGUGUACAGAUACUCUGACGAACAUCACCCUCGUACGUUACAAUGACAACAAUAUUGUUACCGUUGCCUCAACCGAAUGUGGUGUGGAGCCUUUAGCUAAGGCAGACAUUGCGAAAAAAGUAAAAGAAGCAGACGCUUAUAGUGUGUUAGCAGACGAAACAGCUGAUAUUUCCGGUACUGAACAAUUAUCGAUUGGGUUGCGAUAUUUUGACGAGGAAGCCAAUGAGGUCCAAGAAAUGUUCGUCGGAUUUGUUGAGCUGGAAGGUCUGGAUGCGAAAUCUAUUGCAUAUUGCAUCGAUGAGUUUCUGACAAAAGAAGACCUUAAUCCUGCUGAUAAAUGCGUUGGUUUUGGAUUUGACGGUUGUUCGACGAUGUCCGGAAAAGACGAUGAAAUUAUAAGGGAUGCUACUGUUGUUGCGAAGAAAGUCGGCCUGGAGGAGGAUAUCACUUCAAUGCCGCGCAUUGUUGGGAAACAACGUCAUCGAAGCAAUCACCCAGCAGAAAGCCCUUCAGAGUUCUGGAAAAGAUCAUUAAUAAUACCAUACUUGGACUCCGUUAUUACAUCGCUUGAAACACGCUUUGCUGAAGAAAAUACUCCAUCAUUUGCUUUAUCUAAAUUACACCCCGCACAAAUGCAAACGAUGUCAGUCGAAAAUCUCACAGAAAAUUGUGAAACUAUCGCUCAGUUUUAUAAUUUACCAAACAUAAAAAUUGAAGUCGAGCUUUGGCAGCAAUUCUGGCAUAAUAAACCAAACUCAACAGAUCAAACCGUUGUUGAAAAGAAGCAAAAACCUUCUUUCCCGACACGGAAAAAGCGUUGA